AUGAUGAUGCAGCAAAGACAUGCCUUCAAUGUUUUGUAUGUAUUCCUGAUUGUUGGUGUAUGCUCAAUACAUGGUGUUGAGUCCAAAAAGGAGAAAAAGACAAAAGAUCCGACACUUGCGCCAUCUUUUGCUCCAUCCACAUCUUAUCCGUCGGGGUUGCCAUCUUCACCGCCUACACUGUGGCCGUCUACCGAGCCAACCAAGCGUCCGACAUUAGGACCAACCUCGUCGCCAACUAAGCUGCCAUCAGGGCUACCAACAGAACAGCCAACAGAACUACCAACAAGUAAGCCAACAACUAGGAAGCCAACAUCCAAGCCAACAGAAUCACCGAUAUCAGUACGGACAGAACUCCCCACUUUGGCACCAACGUGGGACUCAUCACAAUUUCCUUCCAGCGGAAUCCCAACGGUACAACCUACUGCUGAAACAACUAACACUCCGAGUCCCACAAGUCACCUUUCAGAACCGUCUAACGGUCUGAACAUUCCUGUACCAAGAAUACAAAUGGCAUUGAUUUUGAGCGCAGACGACAUGACAGAUGUUGCUUCCGAUAGCCUCCAAAAUCACAUAUCAAGCUUCAUCACUGUCUUGUUGGAAACGAAGACUGGGAUUGAAGCAGUUGAUAUGGUCUCUCUAGAACUUGAUGUUGUUCCCUCGACAUUCAUGCGGCAGAAGAUCGAAUCCGGUUUCAGCAUAAAGAUUGAAGGCAUGAUGCAAAAUACGCGUGGUAUGGCAACGAAAGAAAGUGUACGAGAGAAAGUUGUAGAAUACUUUUCAGCAAGUGGAGUCGAUGAUCUGGAGACAUUCCUCCAUGGAAAGUCGAUUGCGUCGGCAAGUGUCGGGGAGCUUUAUGUUGAUGGUAUUGUUGCUUUCCUAUACAAGGAAGAUGGUGAGACUGCAACAGCUGCAAGAACUCGAGACAACAAUGAUGAUGUGCCUUUUACACGAACCGGAUUGUUUGCCAUUCUCGUGGGAGCAGUCAAUGUAUUAUUCGUCACUUGUUCCAUUUACUUUUAUCGCCAAAACUAUGGCACUGGGUCCUCUGUCAAGUACCGAAGUAUCCUUCCAAAGCUCCGACAGAACACUUCCACAACAAGUCCAACCGAGCAGCACCACACUGAUAGCGAAAGCCAAAAUUCAAGAGACAUAUCAGUCCACUUGUCCAUGCAUGAGUUGGAGCCCAGCACUUUCCAUCGAGUGGACUCGUAUCAGGAAUAUGAUCCAACGAGACUUGACCGAAUUAUCUCGGAUGCCAAGUGCCAAGGCAAAAAGAAACGUGGUAGUAAUGCUUUUUCAAAAAAGCGGUAG